CUCUCUCGAUCGAAACUCGAAAUACUAAUUCCAAAGUAAACAAGUUUUUUUUCGAACUUAUCACUAUCAACACAAGUCACAAUACAAAUUAUUAUUCAACGGAAUAAUUAAGCGAUAAAGAAUUUUAUAUCACCAUGUAUGACGACACUCUCGUAAUCGCACAUUCGUGUUUACACUCAUUAUUCGUUAGGGGCUCGACGACCAAUUUUAUCAUAAGUCCCGCUUAUCAGAAAAGAAUUGAUUUAGUCUUACUAUUGUUAAUUAUACCCUAAUCAUGUCGUACUUACAUAAGUUUACGAGAAUUUGCACAGAUUUAAAUCUUAAUUAUGCGGUCAGAUUUAACCAUGCACAGCAACUCAAGAGUGAAAUCCAGAGACGUCACAUAGACAAAGUAUUAAUAGCAAAUAGAGGAGAAAUAGCAUGCAGGGUUAUGAGAACUGCUAAGAAACUAGGAAUAAGGACCGUAGCUGUUUUCUCUGAUGCUGAUAAACAUGCUAUGCAUGUGGAAAUGGCAGAUGAAGCAUACCACAUAGGACCAGCACCUUCUAGCCAAAGUUACUUGAAUGCAGCAAAGAUCUUAGAAGUUGCAAAGAAGUCCAAUAGUCAAGCCAUUCACCCAGGAUAUGGUUUUCUGUCAGAAAAUGUUGAGUUCUGUGAAAAAUGUGCCCAAGAAGAUGUCAUUUUCAUUGGACCUCCACCACCUGCAAUAAGAGAUAUGGGUAUAAAAAGUACAUCAAAAGCAAUUAUGUCAAGUGCAGGAGUGCCCAUUGUGAGAGGUUAUCAUGGGGAAGAUCAAAGUAUAGAGAGGUUACAAGCUGAGGCACAGAAAAUAGGUUUUCCAUUAAUGAUUAAGGCAGUCAGGGGAGGUGGAGGAAAGGGUAUGAGGAUAGCUAUGACAGAAGCAGAGUUCCUGCCACAAUUGGAAUCUGCAAAAAGGGAAUCUCUGAAGUCUUUUGGUGAUGACAACAUGCUUUUGGAACAGUACAUCACAGAUCCGAGACAUGUAGAAGUUCAGGUCUUUGCCGACAUGCACGGUAAUGCAGUUCAUCUGUUCGAAAGAGACUGUUCAGUGCAGAGGCGGCACCAGAAAAUCAUCGAAGAAGCGCCAGCGCCAGGGCUUUCUGAAGAAACCCGCAAGUCCCUGGGCGAGGCCGCCGUACGCGCCGCCAAGGCGGUUGGCUACGUCGGCGCCGGCACCGUCGAGUUUAUCCUACACCGGCAGACGCACGAAUUCCACUUCAUGGAGAUGAAUACGCGCCUACAAGUGGAACACCCUAUCACUGAAAUGAUAACAGGUACAGAUUUAGUGGAAUGGCAACUGCGUAUAGCGGCGGGCGAGCCGCUCCCCGUGGCACAAGAGGACAUCGUACGGCGCGGCCACGCCGUCGAGUGCCGGAUAUAUGCCGAGGAGCCGGGCGCGGGCUUCCUGCCACGCGCAGGCACCCUGCAUCGACUGACACAGCCCACACCCGAAGAUAACGUGCGGGUAGAGACUGGAGUGAGAGAAGGGCAGGAGGUGUCCGUUCACUACGACCCCAUGAUCGCCAAACUCGUAGUGUGGGGUCGCGACCGCACCGAAGCGCUAGCAAAGACGAGGCGCAAACUAUCAGAAUAUCAAGUUGCAGGUCUGGAAACAAACGUGAACUUUUUGCUGCGUUUAAGCGGUGCGAGCGCGUUUGUCUCCGGCGACGUGCACACAGGGUUCAUUCCGCAGCACGAGGCCGAGCUGUUCCCGCAGUCGAGCAAGCAACUGAGCAGCGAACAGGCUGUACAAGCUGCACUCGGAUAUUUAAUCAAAUCACAAAAUGACGCAGUCACAAAUGACUCGUGGAAAGGGAUCUCAGUGGCUCCUACUGCUUGGCGUCCUAAUUAUAACUUACAAAAGACUGUCACGCUCAAGUUUGACGGCAAAGAUAUAAAGGUGACAGUGAAAGCCGAGAACAGCCCUAAAUCGUACUCCGUCAAAGUAAAUGAUGGGGAGUGGUCACCAGUAGAAGCGUACGUCAAGUCUACAGAACAAGGGUUGCGACUGAUCUCUAAACUGGGAGAUAAAACCAGUAACGUUGGCUUGAUGACGCACGAUCAUGAAGUGCAUAUUUAUGAUGAAAACGGCCAAACAGUGGUGCAAGUGCCGCCGCCAAAGUACCAGGCACUGUCUGGAGAUGACGCAGCCUCCUCUGCGAACAGUGCAUCGUCCCCCACCCCUGGCGUCCUGGAGAGAAUACUGGUUAAUGCUGGAGAUACAGUGGUGAAAGGCCAGCCACUGUUCGUAGUGAUAGCUAUGAAGAUGGAGUACGUGGUCCGGUCGCCGAGAGAUGGCGUUGUUGCCACCAUUGCGAGUUUCAAGCAAGGAGACGCUAUUGGGAAAGGCGCUCAAGUCGUAUCAUUGAAGGAAGAUAGUUAAAAGAAGGAACCUAACCAAACUAUAAGAGUCCAAGCGUGCCUCGUUCGUUCUAUCGUUCUAUAUCGUUCUAAUCGUUCUAUAUGCAAACCACAUCACAUUCCAUAGAUAUCGCUCUAUUUCAUACCAAUGUAACGUAAAGAGAUGAAAUGACUAAUGUAUGGCUGUCCUUGGCUCUUAAGGUGGGUACAGAUUGGUGCAAUGCAACAUGUAAUGUAAUAUUCUGCCUUACAUUGCAUGUUCCCUGCUGCCUUGGACUUGUGGCGCGCGCGGUACGCGCAUUGGCUGCGAAUCAGUCGGCUCAGUCCUGCGCACACUGCGCGUCCCUUUGUGUUCGUACCAAAAACCGACAAAUCUCGGAUCGAACCGCGCACGAGUUGUAACGCUCGGAGCGUGCGCGACCCAGGCGCAGUUAGUGCGCGCGAGGCGUCCAAACCACGAGCAUUCGUGAUACAUUACAGCAAUGUGGACGUCAAAUUCUUGCAUUGCAUGUUGCAUUGCACCAAUCUGUACCCACCUUUAUACGCCGUACAGACUGCGUGCUUUAGUAUUUUAGUCGAGUUCGAAUAAUUUUGGAAUUACCGCCCAAAAAUCGUUCGUACUCGAUCGCGUUAUAUCAGCUAGGUAACUUGGUGUUCUCUUAUGAUUGUUAAAGGAUCAUUUGUUGUCCCGAAAAGAUUUAACGAGGCUAUUUUAUAAGUACAGCUCGUGAGGAUUAACUUGACACCUGACUCGAAUGAUGUCGAUGUGUUUGGCCGCCAGGUGUCAAGUUAAUGCGCACGGGUUAUAUAGUUAAGUAUUUUUAAAAUAUUGUUCUGCAUCAUUGUGUCUGUAAGUACUGCCAUGUAGUAAACAUGUAAUAUUAAAAUAAUAAAUAAUAAUAUAUCAAACUACGGAGCGGUGGGCAUCAAUAUAUGAUUUCCUCUUUGGUGGUGGGUUUUUAAAUCCUUGCAGUGAAACACGUCUCCUAUCCUACUAAUAUUAUAAAUACUAUUUAAUAUAAUAAUACCGCAAGUACUGAACCGAUUAAACUGAUAUUGCAAUGGAAAUUGAUUUUACCCUGGAUUAAAACAUAGGCUACUUUUCAUUCUGGUAAAUUCAUGGUUCCCGAGGGAUUAGUCAAAAACUAAAUUUCACGCGGAUGAAGUCGCGGGCGUCCGCUAGUUAGACAUAUUGUGACGAUGUUAUCUGGAGCCUGGGCUGGCCCACUGCAGGGCUAAGCCUCUCUCAAAAUUGAUGAUAUUUCAAGAGAGGAAUUAAGAGCUUAGGCCCUCCAUACUGCUCCAUUGAAAAUAUUGGAUUGGCAGGCUAUUUUGUUAUUGUGUUAAUUUUUAUUUAUGAUAUAUUUUUUCACAUAUCUCAAUAAAGUUGUUUUAAAUGUAA